UACCAGCAUAUGCUAAAAUAAUAGUAGCCUUUAGCCCCCGGAUGUUAUUCAUUCGUUAACUACAACAACUUUCUCAAUUGUUAUGAUUUACACAAAAUUAGUCAUACUGGUAGGAAGAUGAUAAGAAGUUUCCUGUAAAGACUAAGAAUAGUGAAAAAAAAGAAGUCUUGCUCUUUAUUAACCACCCCAAUUCUGUGAAUUUUAUCACCAUAUAUCCAAAGCGGUGAAUUUGUCUAUUAGUCUUUUGCAUUAUUCUUCAAAAUGUCUCAUGCAUCUUCUUCCAAAGAUAGCAAGUAUGGCGCUUUUUUGAGUUUUAGAGGUCCAGAUACCCGUAGGAACUUUGUGAGUCAUCUCUAUACUGCUUUAGAACAAAGGGGAGUUAAUGUUUUUAAAGACGAUGAGAGGCUGGAAACUGGAAAAUCAAUUCCUAAUGAACUACUGAAAGCCAUAGAAGAAUCCAGAUUUGCGGUCGUGAUAUUUUCAAAGAGAUAUGCAUCAUCAAGAUGGUGCUUGGAGGAGCUUGAACACAUCAUAAAGUGCCGAAAUGAAUUGGAUCAGAUUGUGAUUCCAAUUUUUUAUGAUGUGAGCCCAUCUGAUGUAAGCCAUCAAAAUUCACCUUUCGCUGAGUCGUUUUCUCAACACGAGGAAAAAUACAAAGAUGACAUGGAGAAGGUUCAAAGAUGGAGAGAAGCAUGUAAGCAAGCUGGUAAAAUAUCAGGGUACCAUUUACAAGAGUGCAAGGAUGAGGCAGAUUGCAUCCAGAAGGUUGUUGAUUACAUAUUACCAAACGUUAUUUCACCCGUUUCAGAAAGCUUAGUGGGUACUCAAAUUGACAAAGUAAUCUCAUUAUUACAUAUGAAAUCCGAUGACGUUUGUUCCAUUGGAAUAUGGGGAAUGAGCGGUAUUGGUAAGACAGAAAUUGCUAGUGUUAUAUAUGAGAGAUAUCGUCAUCAAUUUGAAGCUUAUUGUUUUCUUGGUGAUGUUGGAGAAAUGUACCAGAGAAAGGGACUAACAUGGCUGCAGAAAACUCUCAUCUGCAAGCUAUUGGGGAAAAAGAUUGUUGUAACUAGUGAACGUGAUGGAACCAUGAUUAUAAAGAAUGAGCUCCGCUGGAAGAAAGUUUUGCUUAUUCUUGACAAUGUAGACCAUCUAAGUCAACUAGAUCUUAUAGUUGGAGGGACAGAGUGGUUUGGAAGGGGUAGUAGAAUUUUGAUAACCACAAGAGACAAGCACCUGAUAAUCACUCAUGUGAAGGAGGAUAAAGUAUAUGAAGUCCUACUAUUAUCUGAGAUUGAAGCUCUUGAACUGUUUUGCAUGCAUGCUUUCAAAAGAAAGUCUCCGGAGAUAGAUUUUGAGGAACUUUCAAGUGAAGUGGUGAAGUAUGCUGAUGGACUCCCUUUAGCUCUUAAAGUUUUGGGUUCUUCUGUUUAUGGACGAAAUAAAGAGCAAUGUAGAGACAUAAUUGAUAGGUUGAAGAAGAUACCUAAUGAUGACAUUCUAGGAAAACUUAAAAUUGGUCUUGAUGGAUUGAAUAAAGAUGAGAUGAGAAUAUUUCUAGAUAUCGCAUGCUUGUACAAUCAUAGACCAAGUUAUGAGGUGGAAUGGAUAAUUAAGAGUUGUGGCAUUCACUUGAUAGGACUAAGCCGCCUCAUCGAAAAAUCUCUAUUAUCCAUAAGGAAUGGCUACAUGUUUGAGAUGCAUAGUUUGAUAAGUCAAAUGGGUCAAAAUGUGUCAAGGGAAGAAUACACAAACACCAAACUAUGGCUUGCUGAGGAGGUUCAUGACCUUUUUACUGGAAAGAUGAAACCAAAAAAGGUGGAAAGCCUAUGGAUCCCAAAAGGUUAUCGUUUUGAAGAUGAUAACGUAAAUCAUAACAAGGUAUUCAAGAGGAUGCGAAGCUUACAGGUGUUGAUAGUUGAUAAAAAUAUUUGCUCUGAAAGCACUGUCACUUGUCUUCCUUCUAGUCUGCGGUGGAUUGAAUGGCCGUACUAUCAGUCAAGUUCAUUACCGGAGAAAUUUGACCCAUCCCACCUCGUGGGGCUUUGUUUAAGUAGAAGUCGGCUUGUUGAACUUUGGCCAAUGCCAAAGAAAUUGAGCAACUUGAAGCAUUUGGAUCUCAGGGAGAGCCUUGGGUUAACAAAAACUCCUGAGUUUGGUGAUAUGCCAAACUUGGAGACACUAGAUUUUUGUUGGUGUUCAAAUUUGGAAGAGGUCCAUCCUUCUCUUGGACAUUGCAGAAUGCUAACUUAUUUGAGUUUUUAUGGUUGUGUCAAACUUAAGAAGCUCCCAAAAUUUGUUAGCAUGGAAUCUCUUGAGACUCUCAACCUUGAGCAAUGCACAAGCUUAGAAGAAUUUCCAGAAAUCUGUGGAGAUAUGUGGCGCUUAUCAGAACUCCAUGUAGGAUCCCACUGGAUAAGAAGCUUACCCCCGUCACUCCGCGGCCUUAGAAUUUUGGAAUUAAUUGGUUGUGAACUUAUUGAAAGUAUUCCCUGGGAUAUUCAAAAUCUAGGAUAUCUCAAAAUUGAAGAUUGCAAUAAACUUGCAACGCUGCCAAACAGCAUGUUUGAAUCACAGCAAUUGGAAGGCCUUUGUAUACGAGAAUGUUCUGGAUUGGAAGAACUCCCCAUAUAUCUUGGAGUUCAAAAGAAGCUCUGGCGGUUAGAGAUAGAAGGAUGUGAGAACUUAAAGAAGCUUCCAAGCUCUUUUCAGAUGGAAUCCCUUGAACAGCUCAGGAUAUCUAAUUCCCCAAAAUUAGAUACAUUUCCAGAAAUCAAUGGAGAUAUGCAUCGCUUGAAAGAACUGACUAUAAAUUCUACUGGGAUAAGGGAACUGCCUUUGUCCAUUGGGAAUCUGAGGGGCCUCGAAUCUCUCGAUCUGAAUGGCUGUGAAGAUCUUGUAAGUCUACCAAACAGCCUAUGUAAUUUGAAGAAUCUUCACUCUCUUUAUCUCCAGAGGUGCAAAAAGCUAGAGAAGCUUCCGGAAAACAUUGGUGAUCUGCAAGAGUUAUCGAAACUUGAUGCAAGAGAAACUGUAAUCUCCCAACCACCUCCCUCCAUCACCAAGCUUGGCAAACUGUGGAUGUUAAACAUCUCACAUGUUUUACAGCAUGUGCAUCAAUUGUCAGCUUUAUCCUUCUUGAAUGAAUUUGAUCCUACUAAUCGCAAUAUUUUGGGUGAACUCCCCGAGGAUUUGGGAUCUUUGCAAUCUUUGGAAUACCUGCAUGUUAGUGGAAGUAAUAUUUCUUGUUUACCCAAGAGCAUCAAAGAACUCUUACACCUUCAGCAUCUGAAUGUACAUUUCUGUCAUAAUCUUAAUGAACUUCCGGGAGAGCUACCCCCAAAUUUAAAGCGGCUAGAUGCAGAUUAUCAUUUAGCCUUGAAGAGCAUCAGAGAUCUAGUAAUUAAGUGUCUUAAGCUUUGUGCGCUCGCAAUCUCAUGGUGUGGUCAUGAAAAAUCCAAAUGUCGAACUGUCUCACGUGAACAAGUAGAUGUGAAGAAGUUGCUACAGCAUUUUCUCAAAGCAUGUAUCCAGUGUGACUUCAACCAAAGGGCUUAUUUUCUCAUUUCUUUUCCUGAAGUCAGAAUUUUGGAGUUGUUUGAUUAUCAGUUUAUAAAUCAAGAAAUGGUCUCAAUUAAUCUGAACCUGUCUUGGUAUACCAAUAAGUUCAAGGGGUUUUCAAUAUUAUACUGUCCUAAUGGACUGGAAGUGAGAUUAGUAGCCAGACUGGUCUGCAAAUCUGACCCUGAAAGCAAGCAUUCGUUGAACUACGACGUCCCUAAAUAUUGGUUCGACUCUCCUGUCAUGAGUUGCAUCUACAUUCCGUUUGAAACACUAUGGAAUGCUUAUGGCAAUAAAGAAGGGAAGAACCCAAAUGACUAUUACCUUUUUGAGGUAUUUGAAGUGUACGCCAAGGAACUAUGUCGGGGAAUUCGCCUGGAGUAUGAGAAUAAAGAUAGGAGAUGGAGAAGAAAGCAACGAGCAACGCAAAGUCCCAAACUCUUUCCAGUUACUCGAAAUGAUACUGCCGUAACAACUGAAAGUGGCUGCACUAUGGUACUCGAGCCUUCUCUCCCUUCUACUUCACGGGCGUCUGCUGAGUGCGACAUUGCCACCGAUAGGGGACUAUAUUUAGGGUACGAGAGAAAACCUCUAGAGGUAGAUCAAGCAGCAUUGGAAGUUCAAAAGGAACAUAAAUCUCAAAAUGUUGAGAUGAUUAGUGUUUGUGGUAGCCCAUCAAGGAAUAUGGAUGAUGUUUCAAGAAAGAGAAAGAGAAAGAGGAAAAGAAACAGAAAGAAAAAGAGAAGGAUGGCAAGGACAGAUGAGACUAACUGCUCUCAUUGCAUCAUCUAGCUUGCAUGACUUUGAUGGAUCAUGAGAAACCGCUUACAGUCUUAAUUACUUUGCUAGCAAAAAGGGUUACCUAAAGGAGAAAAUCGAGGUUAGCCUUGAUUAGAUCUUGAGAAUUUCCGUGUUAUGUAUAUUUUUGCACUUAAUUUUAUGUUCCUUGGUUGUAGGAAGCAUCUGUUGUUAAUUUAUGUAGUUUUCGGGUA